AUGGGCAUUGGACUUUCUGAGAAAAAUGUUUCGUUAAAUCGUUUGCCUGGAUGGGAUCCAAUUUCUUAUGGAUACCACGGGGACGAUGGAAAUUUCUUUUCGUCUUCUGGCAAGGGAGUUGAAUAUGGACCUACUUUUACUACUGGAGAUGUUAUUGGGUGUGGAUUGAAUUUUGUGACUAGACAAUUAUUUUUUACGAAGAAUGGACAACAUUUGGGUAUUUUAAAAAUUAUUUUUCAAGGUCUAAAUUUUUUUUGA